AGAACCUCUGCUGGCGCUGCCAGCUCCACGUUCUGGUUCUGGUUCUGCCACAGGACUCCUGGGUCCACAGCAGGUGUUUAACUCCUCAGUUGUUCAGGCUGUGUAUCAGAACCCGGGUCAGAAACAGAACUGGAUCCAGGACGACCUCAGUCUGGCCCGACGCUGCUCUCUGCUGCCACCUGGAGGCCCAGCUCCAAACGGGACAGACGAUCCGAUUGGUCGUGUGUCAGUGGUCAGGUGUUUCUGCUGCUGCCACUCGCUCCUGCGCCGCCCCCUGCUGGACGCAGAGGGAACUGCAGCUACAACUGCAGUUCUGCUGAGUUCUGGUUCUGGAUGUUUAUGUGCCUGGACCAGAAGUCUUCGGCAGGCACCAGGAAGUGAGUGUUGCUAUGGAGACAGUAAGGCUGCUUCCUGAUCAGCUCAGAUCUGACUGAGCUCUAAGGGUUAAUUAGGGCUGAGAGGAAGAGGAGGACGAAGAGGAGGAGGAGGAAGAGUCGCGCAGCGGCUCCGUCAGUCGGUCGAAACCAGCUGAGGAAGAGGAGGAAGCCGCUUCUUCAGCUGCGGUCAUGUGACUUCAGAGAGGAUGUCUAGUCUUGAGCGAGCUUCCAGUGGACGGCAGGUGUAGGAGAGGCAAAGGAUCAUGGGAGAUGGAGGGCCCUUGCAGACAGAGGGGAACGCUCUCCUCAAAGCUGUGUUCCAGGGAAAGCUACGCCUUGCCCGGCUGCUGCUGGAGGGCGGAGCCUACAUCAAUGAAGGCAAUGAACGGGGAGAGACACCCAUCUCCGCCGCCUGCCUGGGGAGCUAUGACGACCCGCAGACCCGCCAGAGGAUGGUCCGCUACCUGCUGGAGAAAGGCGCUGACCCCAACAUCCCAGACAAGAGCGGCCGCACAGCGCUAAUGCAUGCCUGCGCCGAGCGGGCAGGGCGAGAGGUGGUGGCCCUGCUGCUGGAGAACGGGGCAGACCCCAGCCUCAGAGACUAUGCCGGUGCCUCCGCCUUGGUCCAUGCCAUCAACAGGGGAGACCGCGACACGCUGCAGGUGCUGCUGGACGCCUGCAAGGCCAAAGGCAAGGAGGUGAUCAUUAUCACCACUGACACAUCUCCAUCGGGCACCAAGAAGACCAAGCAGUACCUGAACUCGCCACCCUCGCCUGGCAUCGUGGACAAACUAUCCCCUGCUUGCAUGUCACCUUCAGAAGUGGAGAUCGGCACUGCGUCACCUGCAGGGGACAGGACCAAUGACAAGGAGGGAAUCUUCAGCUUUGCGCUCACCUCGGCCUUACCACUGCCUUCGGCUCGGCCUCCAGGUGAGAAGCGGCCCCCACCUCGGAAGCUUCUGAAGAGGCUGAACUCGGAGCCCUGGGGCCUGGUGGCACCCUCGGUGCUGAGUGGAGUUCCUCCAGACCGACUGGACCCGGGUCUGGAGGAAGAGGGCAGUAGCGACCUGAGCAGAGCCACCGCCGAGAUGAACGGCCUAUCCAUCACGGGGCUGGUCCAGAAUCGGUUGUCACGACGACACAGCAUCGAGACGCACGACCCCUGCUCUCCCAAACCCAUCGACCGGUCCUGCUCCGAGGACUGCACUGGCCUCUCUGCCACGUCCUGGGCCGACAAGGUGCAGCAGCACCAGAUCCUGUACCGGAGAAACACCGCCCCUGAGCCCCAGGAGAACGCCGGGGGGCCUGGGGGUAUCCGGCUUCUGGUGCACCCUAAACUGAGCCGCAUGGAGCACUACGAGUCCGACACUCAUCUUUGUCCAGAGUCCAUCCCUGGAUCUCCGGACUCCGGGCGGGUGUCAGUGGAACGGCGACGGUAUAACGCCUCCCCAUUGUCCCUAGUGACCAGCUCAUCCAGGGAGUCUCUUGAGAACAUCCCCAACUCGGUGUCACCCAUCACCGUGCGCCGUCGGCCCCCAGGUCUGCUGGAACGCCGCGGGUCUGGGACGAUGCUGCUGGACCACAUCUCCCACACUAGGCCCGGUUUCCUGCCUCCUCUCAACAUCAACCCCCACAGACCCAUUCCUGACAUUCGUGCCAAUGGAAAACCCACCUCCCCCAUUCACAGUGGACACAAGAUCCUGGUCCCCAUGGCCCCGAUAUCUCCCAAGCGGGGCCCCGAAUUCAAGAUGAAGAAGAAGUUGAUGAGGAGGCACUCCAUGCAGACAGAGCAGAUGAAGCAGCUCUCCACCUUCCAGGAGAUCCUGGCUGAGAAGGUGGUUGAGUCCAAUGGGGACUGAUGACAGGAGGCAACAAAGCAUGAUGGGUAGCUGCUGAGUCCUAGCUGACACUAGGUCCUGGUGACUGAGGUGAUCUUUGUUUGACACCACCUGACUGGAUCAGUUCUGUUCACUGAGGUUUGGGCCAAAGUGACGGUUCUGAUCCAAUGGGAUGUUCCCUGAAGCCGAAUCAGAACUUUUCCCCAUCUAAAACAUCAAAUUGGAGGUGCGUUUGAUUCAGGGAUGGUCCUGUAUGACGACAUCUUGGUGCUGGGCACUCGACAACCAGGUGGAUCCUGAACCUCCAGGUGGGUCACAGGGACACAGUGGCCCCUACAGGACCAGAACCUUUCAGACCAAACCCUCCAAGAUCCAGCCAGUGGUCAACCCUGGGUUCUGGUGGCAUCUCUGCUGAGGUGUGGGGGCAUCUCAGAGAGUUAGGGAUGGUCCUCUAAAGACACACCAUCCAAAGCAUGGAGAACUGAAUGAACCUCCUCUCAUCACUGUAUUCUGGAUCAGAACCGUUCCUGUAAUGUAACCGGGUCGAUUUCUCUGAUGUGGAUGAUCUUCAGGACCUCUCCAACCAGGAUCAGAGGCUACAUGGCUGCAGGGAAGGUACUGAACUGCUCAGAAUCAGAUCUCAGCAAGAACCUGAGGAGUGUCUGAUGCAGGCGAGGUGAACCCUGACCCCUGAGGAUCAGAGGCACUUCUGGCACAGAACCAAACUCUACAAGAACUUUUUCUUUAACAACCUCAAACCAAGACAGAGCAACUAAACCCCCAAAUCGACUUGAUUUUGCUGAUAAACUCUCUAUAACCGGUUCUUAAGAGUUCUGUCUUUAUUUUUCUGUACAGAGAUUUUCAUGCAAAUUUGUUUAAUUCUGCAUUAUUUCUGUCUAAAGCAGUGUCAGUGCUGCCCUCAUUAGGCUGAAGGGUGGCUACUGCAGUUGAUUUUUCCUGUUGGUUCCAGCUUUACGUCACUCAGCUGGCAUCAGUGCUUACCCCUCCCUUAUCCCCACACUUGGCUCCGCCCACUUUGGUGGCAUUUUCAUAAAUUUGUCAGGGGGCGGGGCUUUGCUGUCUGUUAGUUACAUUUUAAAUCAGCCUGAAGGUGACGCUUUUUUGUUCAAACUGAAUGCUCCGAUCUUAUUUUAACGGUUUGCUGAUGUGGAAAGACUGACCCCUGGUGGUCACAGCAGCGUCAGCAACAGGUCUCUUGCAGGUUCAUGGAUCUCAAGUCAGUUUUCCUCUGCAGCUCAGUAAAUUAAAACUAAAUCUGACGCUUAUUUUAAUGAUUCAACUGAAAAAACUAACUUAUUUUACAGACUUUUUCCAGAUUGAUAUCAAAUAAUCUAUAUUUUAAGUGUUUCAGUUAAUGUAGAUGUUCUGGUUUAGUUGAAACCUGAAGUUCAAGUUCCGAGAAAAUCAGAUCAGACCAAUAAAUAAGGAACUUUUCUGAAAUGGA